AUGGCCGCCCAGGUCUCCGAUGCCGCCCAGGCAUCAUCGGCAUCCAGCAACAACAGCGGCGAUUCCAAAUCCAACACGCCCGCCCCUUCGAGUGCCACCUCGAGCACUUCACAGCACGCGUCUUCCCCCGACGACAACUUGACCUGCCGUUGGAACCAGUGCAACCAAAAGUUCUCGAGCCCCGAGACCCUUUAUGAGCACAUCUGUGAGCGCCAUGUUGGUCGCAAGAGCACCAAUAACCUGAACCUCACUUGCCAGUGGAACUCGUGUCGGACCACCACGGUCAAGCGGGAUCACAUCACCUCGCACAUCCGCGUCCAUGUCCCGCUCAAGCCACACAAGUGCGAGUUCUGCGGCAAGUCCUUCAAACGGCCGCAGGAUUUGAAGAAGCAUGUCAAGACGCAUGCCGAUGACUCUGUCCUCUCUCGGCCCGGACAGGACCUCAACUACAGAACACAGGCUGCCAAGGCACCAAGCUACUAUGAUCACAACGGCCAAAUCCGAGGCGGAGUCGGUGCCUUUUCGCACCAACCCGCCCACGGCAGCUACUAUGCGCCCCAGCCGUCCACCAACUAUGCCCUGUACUUCAACCAGCCUCCUCUGAACACGCCUCGAAGCGAGCACGUGGGCUAUGGCACUGCAGCUGCAGGUGGAUACGAUCGCAAGCGAGCUUACGAUCGCACCUACGAUGCCAUGGACGACUUCUUCGGCCACGUCAAGCGGCGCCAGAUCGACCCCACGUCGUAUGCGCAAAUCGGCCGCUCACUGCUACCCCUUCACAACUCGCUUUCGAUGCCCAAUGGGCCCCUGGCCACCGCAGAGCAGUACAUGCCUCAGCAUGCACCCGCCCCGUCAAUGGUUCACUCCGGCCCGGCGCCCACGACGAACCCCCUGACCCAGCAGUACUACCUCCCCAGCGCCCGGACUCAGAAGGACCUGAUGCAGCUUGACGGUCUCCUCGGUCAGAUGCAAGACACCAUCUACGAGAACGCCAACCAUGCCACGGCUGGUGUGCACAUUCACAACCACGGCGACGGCCACUUGGGCGGUUUCAGGCACAGCCCGUCGCCCACGGUUCUUCAGCGCUCCCCCGGUGGCCUGCCCGUGACGGCAGACACAUAUCAGCCCGUGACCGCGCCGAGCAUGGCCUCUCCGCUGACCACUAUCUCGUCAACGGGAACCCCCGCCGUGACGCCGCCGUCCAGCUCCAUGUCGUACACCUCGGGACACUCGCCUAGCCCGUCCGCUUCGUCUGGCCUGUCCCCGCAGUCCCGCCACAGCUCGACGGCUUCGUCGGUCAUGUACCCAACGCUGCCCACGACGCUGCCCACGGUAACGCAGGGUUUCGGGCAGUCGACCACGGCAACCCUGGGUCCAAGCUUUGAAAGCAAUGAGCGCCGUCGCUACUCUGGAGGUAUGCUGCAGAGGGCCCGCGGCAUGCCACCGCCUCCCCCGCGGACCGCUGAGGAGAGCGGGCGGACCACGCCCAAGGCUGGCGACUCAGCCCUUUCCGUCGGGUCCCCGUCGUCUGAGUCUGACAGCGACUCUACCAAGGAGCGCGAGGAGCAGUACGACCGCUGGCUCGAGAACAUGCGAGUGAUCGAGUCGCUGCGCGAGUACGUGCGACGCCGCCUUGAGCGCAGGGAAUACGCCGACGAGGACGGCGAGACUCGUGAGGACAGAAAGAACGGCGAUGCCAUGGACGUGGAUGUCAAGAGCCCCCGAAGCAUCCCCCUGCAGCCCAUUGGCCCCCGCGAAGGCGGCUCGUCGCUGUACCCGAGGCUGCCGGUACCGGGGUCUUGA